AUGUUAGGAAAGAUCGCACUCGAAGAAGCUUUCGCGCUGCCGCGCUUCAAGGAGAAGACAAGAUGGUGGGCGGGCAUGUUCGCCACUGACGUCGACAAGCACGUCGCAGAGAUCAACGACGUCGACUCCAUUCGACUGAACUUCGGCGAGAAGCACGGUGUCGGUUUGCAAAUUCUCUCAUACACUGCGCCGGGCGUGCAGGAUAUCUGGGACCCCAAGGACGCACAGGCUCUGGCUGUCGAGAUUAACGACUAUAUUGCCGAGCGUGUCAAGGCGCACCCAGAUCGUUUCGCCGCAUUCGCGACACUUUCCAUGCACGACCCCGAAGAAGCUGCCGCAGAGCUCCGCCGCUGUGUGACAAAGUACGGGUUCCUCGGUGCCUUGGUGAACGAUACACAAAGAGCUGGGGCCGACGGCGAUGACAUGAUCUUCUAUGAUAACGAGAAAUGGGAUGUCUUCUGGUCAACAUGCGAGGAGCUUGAUGUCCCCCUAUACCUGCACCCGCGAAACCCGACCGGUACGAUUUACGAUAAGCUCUGGGCCGACCGCAAGUGGCUCGGUGUUUCGUUGCAUGCGCUGGGCAUGGUGACGAACGGUGUCUUCGAUCGUCACCCCAAGCUUCAGAUUAUUCUCGGCCACUUGGGCGAGCACAUCCCGUUCGAUAUGUGGCGGAUCAAUCACUGGUUUGAGGAUCGGAAGAAGCUGCUUGGUCUGGCGGAGACUUGCAAGAAGACUAUUCGCGAGUACUUUGCUCAGAAUUUGUGGAUUACUACCUCAGGUCAUUUCUCGACUACUACGCUUAACUUCUGUAUGGCGGAGGUUGGAUCUGAUCGUAUUCUGUUCAGUAUUGAUUAUCCCUUUGAGACGUUUGAAGAUGGCUGUGAUUGGUUCGAUAAUGCGGAGUUGAAUGAGACCGAUCGGUAUAAGAUUGGGCGGGAGAAUGCGAAGAAGCUGUUCAAGCUGGGUGCUUAUAAGGAUAGCACUGCUUAA